CGUCCGUCUGGCAUAGGCCUAUGUUGUAUACAUAGACCAACCAAAAAUAGCCCAAAUAGCAAGAAAGCCUCCCGUGUCAACGCCCCCUAAAGAAAUCCAACACCGUGCGACUAUUAUCUCCAGGAUGUUGUGUGUUGCUCUUUUGUUGGUUGUGAGCUCAACUCCGAGCGCAUUUAUCUCCUCUCAACGAAACGGAACCGCCCAACCCCUGAAGCUGCUUCAGCAUUACGUCAGUCACUGGCCGAGGUGCGUGCAGCAGCGCACGCAUACCUUGAACCAUAGCAGUACAGAAACAUCACUACCCACAACGCUACCGAUUGUGCGCAUGCGCGCUCCGAGCGGGAAAACUACAAACGCGUGAGCUCCGAUUGGCUAGGGACACAAAGAACUACAGCUCCCAAUAGACAUGCGCAAAAAGUCCCUCUUAAAGCCUUUUAAAUUUACGUGCAAAAUGGCUGCACAGGUCGACCUACUGUGCGUCAAAGUAGAGGAGAAGAGCAGGGACAGCUUUGACAAAGCCACCAAAGAGAAGAAACGGAAGAAAAAACGGGAAUGUUCGCCGUCCGAUGACAAGCGCGAGAGAGCGGAGAAGGAAGCGAAGAAAAUAAAGCUAACGUUACAGCACCACCAACGAGCGCAUCCACCGCACCAACAACAGAACAGCCAAGCGCGCAACUUCAGCAAAGAGCAGGCACCUGUGCAACACCGCCAUCAUCAACAGCAUCACCUCCUCAGCUCCAAGAAAGAAUUACCUCCGGGCUGGCCGCCGCGAAAAGUGACACCAGCAGCCCACGUCCCGCAGAAGACAGUCCUGCCACCUUCCCCGCUGUUCACUUUCACGCCACUCAAAGUAGCGAAGGCCGAGACCCCCAAUAACAAGCCCAAACACAUCGAGAAGGACGCCAAACUCAAGCCCAAGAAGGAAAACGCCGAGGCGAAUGUUAAAGUGGGGGAAUGCAAAAAAAAGAAAGAGCCCCAUAGUGAGAAUGGCAAAACCCAGACCCUGGAAGAAUACCUUUUAAAGAAAAAGAAAAAGAAGCGGCGGCAUCGUGAAGAUGAGCGUGGCAAGAAGUUGCACAUACACAACAAAGAGGUCCAGACAAUGUAUACAGGAUUGACAGGAGAUGCUCUGCCAUCUUCUGAAGACCCUGUGUUACAUGUGUACAUCAAAGAUGAGAAGCCGUGUCCAGGCUUAGGUGAGUACUACACUCCCAAAGCUGAGAAGAAGCCGUUCCUCUCACACCAAGACCACUACAUCCGCAGCUCGUGGCUUCAGACCAACGGCUCCUUCAGCAGACUGAUCCAUGAGGAAAAGCAGCCCAAUGGAGGGGCAUCUGUACUACACGCAUACGCAGAUGAACUGUCUUUACUGCGACCGGGGGACACUGAAAGAUUCGCCCAGGAGUUUCUGGAUCUCGCCUUUGCUGAACACCCUAAAGGAGCCGCACGCUACGCACUCGCAGUGGUGCACGGAGCGGCUGCCUACCUGCCUGAUUUCUUGGACUACUUUGCCUUCAAUUUCCCAAACACACCUGUCAAGAUGGAAAUCCUUGGUAAAAAGGACAUUGAGACCACCACGAUUGCCAACUUCCACUCCCAGGUGAGCCGAACGUACUGCUCAGGGACAUAUAGAGCUGGUCCCAUGAGGCAAAUCAGUCUGGUCGGUGCAGUAGAUGAGGAGGUGGGCGAUUACUUCCCGGAGUUCUUGGACAUGCUUGAGGAGUCUCCGUUUCUGAAGAUGACUUUGCCAUGGGGCAGCCUGUCUAGCCUAAAGCUUGACUGCAGGUCUCAGAGUGAUGAUGGUCCCAUCAUGUGGGUGAGACCAGGAGAGCAGAUGGUCCCCACUGCCGAUAUGCCCAAAUCUCCAUUCAAGAGACGAAGAUCAAUGAAUGAGAUCAAGAACUUGCAUUACCUACCGAGAACCAGUGAACCACGUGAGGUGCUCUUCGAGGAUCGGACGCGAGCCCACGCUGAUCAUGUUGGCCAGAGUUUCGACUGGCAGAGUACAGCAGCUGUGGGUGUCCUGAAAGCAGUGCAGUUUGGGGAAUGGAGUGACAGGCCACGAAUAACCAAAGAUGUGGUCUGUUUUCACGCUGAGGACUUCAAUGAGGUUGUUCAAAGGCUUCAGCUAGACCUGUAUGAGCCACCUGUGUCACAGUGUGUCCAGUGGGUGGAUGAUGCCAAACUCAACCAGUUACGGCGAGAAGGCAUCCGCUACGUUCGCAUGCAGCUCUGUGACGACGACAUCUACUUCAUUCCUCGUAACGUGAUCCACCAGUUCAAAACCGUCUCAGCCGUGUGCAGCCUCGCGUGGCACAUCCGUCUAAAGCAGUACUACUCCGAGGAGGAGAAAUCAAAGGAUGUUAAGACCAAGGACCUGUGCUCCACCUCAUGUCCUCCCCACUCUUCAUCCCCUGUUCACCCGGACACCAAAGUCACCUCUUGCGCCCAGCUACAAACGAACACGGCACAAGGUGGAGUGGCCAAAAUGGACGAACUGGUUUUCCAGAGGCCCGCAACGCCACCCAGAGAGCAGCAGCCCGCGCCUCCACAGCCGGCUAAAUCCGCCCACACUGUUUCUGCCACUCCCUGUACGGAGACAGGUCCUGUCCCAGCACCCUGCCCUCUGUACUCGCCCAUACCAGAGCAAAUGCUUCCACAGACUCCCGCCGAGCCUGUAUCAGACUCCUCACUCGACGGCAGCAGGUCCACAGAUUUCCCCAAAUGACUUCAGACUUGACUGACAUUCCACAGUGUAAAAAAGGUAUAUCUGGACUUUGCCUAAAAAUGAUGAAGACUGUUUAUUUUUAUUUUUUAGCUUUUGGUUAAGAAAAUGACCCCAUAAGUACUUUUUAGGUUUUUCUCAGCCAAAAUAUUUAAUUUGAAGUAUAUAUUUGCUGAUUAUUACUCAGUAUUUGUUUAUAUAUUAUUAUAAAUGAGAUGAACUUAUAUCUCAAGAGGGACUUUUCACGUUUUCAUCAUGUGCAUCAUGUUGAUUUGCUAAUUGGUUU